UCACUUCUUCCAAGAACAAGAGAAGUAGUAGUAUCGACGACAGUGGUUCAUUCACUGUUUCCUGAAAAGCGAUCCGAUUUCCAGCAGCGCCAGUUUCUGCGUAGUAAUCAGCCAUGGCCGCGACCGCAAGACUGUUUUCCCGUGUUAAAGAUGGUUUCACAACCAGCGUUCGGUUUGCGAGUUACGAAAGCACUCGGAAGAACCUGAAGCUGAACUCGAACUCGAAGGUCAUCUGCCAGGGAUUCACGGGCAAGCAGGGUACCUUCCACUCGCAACAGGCCCUGGAGUACGGAACGAAGCUGGUCGGAGGAGUUUCGCCCGGAAAGGGAGGUCGUCAGCAUUUGAACCUGCCGGUGUUCAACUCGGUGAAGGAGGCCAAGGCGGCCACCGGUGCCGAUGCGACCGUCAUCUACGUUCCGCCACCCGGCGCGGCCAAUGCCAUUAUGGAAGCCAUCGAGGCGGAGAUUCCGCUGGUCGUGUGCAUUACCGAGGGUGUUCCCCAGCACGACAUGGUCAAGGUCAAGCACGCCCUGCUGGCUCAGGACAAGUCCCGGCUGGUUGGCCCCAACUGCCCUGGAAUUAUUGCUCCCGAACAAUGCAAAAUCGGCAUCAUGCCGGGCCACAUCCACAAGCGUGGCAAGAUCGGCGUGGUGUCCCGUUCUGGUACGCUAACCUACGAAGCCGUGCACCAAACGACCGAGGUGGGUCUCGGCCAAACCCUAUGCGUCGGAAUCGGUGGUGAUCCUUUCAACGGAACCGAUUUCAUUGACUGCCUCGAGGUCUUCCUCAAGGAUCCGGACACCAAGGGUAUCAUCUUGAUCGGUGAGAUCGGUGGUGUGGCGGAGGAAAAAGCUGCCGACUAUCUGAUGCAAUAUAAUCAGGGUAUCAAGGCCAAGCCAGUGGUGUCGUUCAUUGCCGGUCUGUCGGCCCCGCCCGGUCGUCGGAUGGGUCACGCCGGUGCCAUCAUCUCCGGUGGCAAGGGAGGCGCCCAGGACAAGAUCAACGCGCUGGAGAAGGCCGGUGUCAUCGUGACAAGAAGCCCGGCCCAAAUGGGCAAAGAAUUGUUCAAAGAAAUGAAGAGAUUGGAACUCGCCUAAGUAAAAUACCGAGCGUGUAGACGCUCACCACAACAACUCCCAUCAUAAACCGUCAACAAAACCGGAAAAAAGUGUGUAGUAAAUCUAGGAGUAUUUUCUUCAAUGUUACCCUCAGUCGAAGGACGUUUUAUGUUUUUCCUUUUUUUAUACAAACAGAAUUGAGCAAUAAACGAUUAGCUCAGAAAUAUACACGAAGAACUAAGUACGAAAAUGCAUUAUUUGAAUCCGACAUGGGAAUAGAGCAAUGGAGUGAAGGAACGUGCAAAAACACCGAAUGAAGCCUUUAGGUGGGAAUGUAUUGCAAAUCGAUAUACAUAUGAUACGAGAAGACUAAACUGCAGUAAGCUGCACAAUGGUGCCGAUGUUGAAAUGCUGGCGGAAUGUUUAUUCCGUUCGAUUUUAGCUUUUUGUGUAUUCACACUCGAAAUUAUAAUAUUGAAUUCUGCACAACAUGAUAGAGACAAGUCAUACAUGAAUGUUCGAAUCUAAUGCCCGAUAUCUUCACUUUUCAUCCUAGAACGAUCUAGUGCGAUGGUUAGAACAAAGUGAACUUUUAAUCGAUAAAAUACCAAACCACAUGAAAUAUAAAACUAUUGAAUAAUCGUUAAAUUAGAA